GUAGACAGCCUAAAGAAUGAUAUUUCUAGCGUCAGUGACAAUGUGGAUAGGAUAGAGCGGUUACAUACGACAGCACUGGUCAGCUUUAACGAGCAACAAUCACGGCAAAUAUCCAGAGACUUGGCACAGAUUAAGCGACAGACACAAAAACAGAAUUUUGAUUUGAAGGAUAGGAUCAAAGCUUUGGAAGCUUCCAACGCACAAUUAGGAAAUGACUCGGACGCACAGAUUCGACGCUCGCAGGUAACUGCUGCUCUACGGAAACGAUUUUUGGAGACGAUACAAAGAUACCAAGACGUGGAACGCACUUAUGAGCAAAAAUAUCGUCAACGGGUUGAACGACAAAUCCGAAUCGUUAAACCGGACGCAACGCAGGAAGAAGUGGACAGAUUCAUCGAUUCAGAUGACUCGCCACAAGUGUUUGCACAAUCGCUAAUGCAUGCUACUCGCACAAAUCAAGCCCGUGCGGUCCUAUCCGAAGUACAGACGCGACAUGAUGAUAUCAAGCAUAUUGAAAAGACAAUUGUGGAACUUCAUCAACUCUUUAUAGACAUGCAAAUGCUUGUAGAGCAACAAGGUGAAACGCUUACAGCCGCCGAACAAAAUGCGGAUCAAACUGUCGGUCAUCUGCAACAAGGCAAUAGCAUGAUUGCCAAAGCCAUCCUUAGCGCUAAAGCAACUCGGCAUAAAAAAUGGUGCUGCCUAUUUCUCGUCAUUGCUCUUUGCGUCAUGAUCGCUAUUCUAGUUUGGUGGUUUGGAUUUGGUCAUCCGGUAAUGUAG